AUACACCAAGCCUUCCCUCUUGACACCUUUUUAUGCCCCCUCAUUCAUUAUCUACAUUCUCAGUUUCACUACCACUGUUCUCAUCUCUCACCCUUUUAUAGGUUUGGCUGCACUCAUGUAUUUGACAUUCUUAGUCAAUAGGAUUUCCUCUGUCUCCCCCUCCUCUGCCCAACAUGCCCUCUAUUAGUAAAGCAGCUCUAUUAUGUGUCUUAACUCUACGGCUUGAUUAAAUUGUGUCUUUCCACAUAGAUCUCUUCUCCCACGUUUACAAAGUUGAUGUUAAUGGGAAUGGGAUUUUGCAGUUCAUGAAAGCAGGGCGCCUCAAGUGUCUGCUCUAAUGAACAGUUUAGUCUUGCCAUUGAUUGUACUUUCACUCAGCCAUUGCUCAUCACAUUGACUCUGUUUUCACUGUUCAGCUAUUAACUACAUCUGCCCCUGUGAAACUGGAAGCCUAGAAUGGAGAUAUAUGUGUGCCGACUGUUUUUAUAACACUGUCUGUGUGAAGGGUACACAGCAUAAUUUCCCUUGAUCCUUUACUCAUGCUUUAGCUCGAUGUUUGCACAUGUGUACGCUGCAUUGAAUCAGUGAAACAGAAAUAUUGCAUGGAGCCAUGGCAACAAGGCUCCUGUCGCCCUCCUCUCUGUUUCCUAUAGUCCUGUCAAGGACAUCGGCGUGGAUUUUUUUUCUUUUCUUUUUCUGGUCAAAUAAAUGAAGCAAGAGGUUCUCGUGUGACUAAAGAAUAACACACGUCAUCAACUUAUGGAGGGGCUCUUGCCCCCUCCCUCAGCCAUCAUCAGAGCUGUUGCCGUGACAGCUUGUGUUGCCAUGGUAUCUGUCCCUCGCUCCCCUCUGCACUGCGCAGGGCCUGUUGCCAUGGUCACUGGCCCUGAGUGACAGGUGGUCCUCACAUAAACAUGGCGUCUUAAAUGGUCCCACUGCACCCCCACCUCCUCCACUCCCCGGAGCUCUGCUGCCGCCCAGGGCAGACCAGAAUCGGUGGAGGCCAGCCCUGUGGUGGUGGAGAAGUCCAGCUACCCACACCAGAUCUACAGCAGCAGUUCUCACCAUUCCCACAGUUACAUUGGCCUACCUUACGCCGACCAUAACUAUGGGGCGCGGCCCCCACCCACUCCACCGGCCUCCCCUCCCCCCUCCAUGUUGAUCCGACAAGGAGAGGGGGGGUUGUUUGUUCCAGGAGGCCAGGACGAAGCAUCCAGGGGCACAACGCUCAGUACCUCAGAGGAUGGCAGCUACGGGGCUGACAUCACCCGCUGCAUCUGUGGCUUCACACAUGAUGACGGCUACAUGAUCUGCUGUGACAAGUGCAGUGCCUGGCAGCAUAUCGACUGCAUGGGAAUCGACAGGCAGAACAUUCCUGAGACUUACCUGUGUGAACGCUGCCAACCACGACAUCUGGAUAGAGAGAGGGCCAUCCUGCUGCAGACCAGGAAACGAGAGUGUUUGUCUGAUGGUGACACCAGUGCUACAGAGAGUGGAGAUGAGGUGCCAUUAGAGCUCUACUCCACCUUCCAACACACGCCUACCACCAUCACGCUCACCACUGGGCGCCUUGGCCAUAAGCAGACUGAUAAAAAACGUAAAAAGAGUGGUGAUAAAGAGCCUCCAGCCUCCUCUGCCCGAGCUAAGAAGGCCUUCCGAGAAGGGUCCAGAAAGUCCUCCAGAGUUAAGGGUGCUGCUCCAGAGCAGGAGCCGACAGAGCACCCGUCUCUGUGGGAGAACAAACUCAAGACGUGGAUGGAGCGCUACGAGGAGGCCAGCAGCAAUCAGUACAGUGAAGACGUCCAGGUCCUGUUGCGUGUCAAAGAGCAAGGCGAUGGCAAGAGCCUGGCGUACAACACACACCCCGCCUCUUUCAAACCGCCCGUGGAGGAUCUGCACUCAUGCCAGAGUGUCUCUCUCUUCCAGAGUCAAGUUCAGAAGAACAAGAAGAUCCUCAAGGCGGUGCGAGACUUGGCCCCAGACUCCCUCAUCAUUGAGUACAGGGGAAAGUUCAUGCUUCGACAGCAGUUCGAGGCGAACGGAUACUUCUUCAAGAGGCCGUACCCCUUUGUGUUAUUUUAUUCUAAAUUUGAUGGGCUUGAGAUGUGUGUGGACGCUCGCAGCUUUGGCAAUGAGGCACGCUUCAUCCGUCGCUCCUGCACCCCCAAUUCUGAAGUGCGGCACGUGGUUGAGGAUGGAAUGCUGCAUUUAUACAUCUACUCAUUGAGGCCUAUCGCCAAAGGCACAGAGAUCACUAUUGGUUUUGAUUAUGACUAUGGCAGCUGUAAAUACAAGGUGGACUGUGCCUGUGUGAAGGGGAACCAGGAGUGCCCCGUGCUCAAGCACAACCUUGAACCCACAGAGAACCUGGGCUCUGGAGGCCGGCGCCGAGGGAGUCGCAAGGACAAGGAGACCGUCCGGGACGACCAGGGCCAGAACCAGAACAUGGGUUUGGACUGCGACGGGAAGAGCAAGAGUGUAGGCGACGGCAAACAGAGGAAACUCUCUCCUCUCCGCCUCUCCAUCUCAAACAACCAGGAUCCUGAGUUAUAUGAGGAUCUAGAAGACAAAACCUCCGUUAGCAAUGAAGUAGAGAUGGAGUCAGAGGAGCAGAUUGCAGAGAGGAGGAGGAAGAUGGCCAACCCAGAGGAGCAGUCCCAUCUGCCUGUCGGGGCGGCUUCCAGCUGGAAGGGACUGAAACACAAGGAGACACGAGAAGAGAGGAAGAUGGAGGCCAUCCUGCAAGCCUUUGCUCGAAUGGAAAAGCGAGAGAAGCGCAGAGAGCAGGCCCUGGAAAGAAUUGGUGGGGUCAAGACGGAAGUCGGGGGCCGCAGUGACAUCAAGGAGGAGCCGCCAGCCACACCAGAGAUGGCUGAUUCUCCAACUGUCAUGCAGCCACUGCUGGAGGUAAAAGAGGAGCCGGGAUUAAAGCCGGCCAAGGUCAAAAGCUCGAGGAACAGGAAGAGUUUCUCAAGGAACCGCACGCACAUUGGUCAACAGCGCCGGCGAGCUCGCACCAUCAGCACCUGUUCUGACUUGGCACCUGGGUCUCCGACUGAGUCUGUGGAGCCUCUGACCAAUGAAGCACCCGAAGGAGAGAUGCUCACUCCACCCGAGCCGGAGGCCAUCCUUGAUGAAGCGCCGGACAGCAGCCCUCCGCACAGCAGCUCACCUGCACCUGACCGAAACCGCAACGGGAGCAAGAACUUUAAAACUAAAAAGCACUUUGUGAGUGAGUGGGUGGGAGAGAAGAUGCAGGACCGCGGUGCAGUACAAACCCCAGAGCCAGUCCCGGAGAGGCCGUUGAGAAUAAGCAGUGACCCUGAAGUUCUCGCCACACAGCUGAACGCCCUACCGGGCAUGGCCUGCUCUCCACAGGUCUACAGCACCCCCAAACACUACGUCCGCUUCUCGUCCCCAUUCCUGGCUAACCGCAGCCCCACUACUCCCGGUGUCCCCACUGGGAGACGGCGUUCCAGAGAACUGCCUGAAACACCGCCAACCACCGGCUCCUGCAAGAAGCGAUGGUUGAAGCAAGCUCUGGAAGAGGAGGGCUCCACCAGCCCGGCCAGACGACCAAGCCUCCUCAUGCCCAGUGAGGGUCCUCUCAGCCCCCCCAUUAAUGGAGACUCUGACAGCCCCCUACCCUACAAUGGUAUCUGCUGUCUACCAGAGUUGCCCACACCUUUGAAAAAGCGGCGGCUGAGUCCGUUGGAUGCCUGCAUGUCCGAGAGCUCGACACCCUACGGCUCCCCUUGUGCCACGCCCACCAGGGCCGAGCAACCGGAGACACCCGCAACCCCCAUCUUACUGGCUACCCCACCGCGUCCCCGAACAGAGGAGCCAAGUACAGAGCCCCUGCCCAGCACCCCAACACAGACACUUAAUGUCCUUCCGGAGAGUGAAUCUUCAGUGGAAAGCUCCCCAGAGGUCAGCCGAAAACCCAGUGUGCAAGAGGCCGAUCGCCCUCCUUCGUUGGUCUCCUCACCCACUGUCAGGGCUCCCAGUUCAGAAGGAACCCCGACAGAAGCCAAGGCGCCGGUUCCUGAAAGUCCACAGCUUCCGGCUGCCGAGCCUAUGGACUGUGGCGAGGACAGGGCAGAUGGUGUGGUUGUAGAGGGGACUAAUGAGGCCUCCUCAUCUACAGAAAUAUGCGCUUCCUCUUUUACUGGCUGGAUAAAAAGCCCAGACAGAGUCCCGACUGGACCAGCUGGCCUGAACUUCUCUCCAGUCAACUCAAACUUAAGGGACCUCACCCCCUCACACACCCUGGAGCCUCUGGUAUCUCCCUUCAGGCCUGAGGCUGCAGCUGGAGCUGCAGCAGGGGCCGCCGUGGUCGUGACAGUUUCUUUGGUUGCCGCUCAGCCCCCCUUCAGUGAAGGCCAGGGGCAGCUCUUUUAUCCCUGCUCUGAGGAGGGAAGUUCACUCGGCUUCUCACGCUCACUGAAUGGGGAUGGCUCUGGCGAGGGAGGAGGGUCAGCACAGAACCCCCCACAGAAGAAAAAGGUUUCCCUGCUAGAAUACAGGAAGCGUCAGCGCGAAGCUCGUCGCAGCGGCUCCAAGACCGAGUGCAGCUCCCCCGUUUCCACCGUGCCGCCUUUGACUGUGGACUCCUUCCCAGUUGCGUUAGAGACCACCAGUGAAUCUCCUCUACCCCCUGCUCCCACUCCCCUCUGCAACGCCAACACCCCCACCCCAACUCCCACCCCCAACACCACCACCACCACAGUAAAAGAGCCCCAGACAAGUGAGGAGGCAGAGGUGUCUGGAGAGAAAGAAGAGAAGGAAGGAGGAGAGGGACAGUGGACGUCGUCUACGUCUGUAGAGCAGGCCCGAGAACGCAGCUACCACAGAGCUCUGCUGCUCAGCAAAGACAAAGAUACAGAUGGUGAGACAGAUGGGGGUGAUACGCCUGCACUGAGAGAUUGCCCAUCUCCAAGUCUUCAAAAGACUCCAACCCACACACCCUGCUCUCCUGGUCCCGUUGCUCAGCCUCCCAGUCGGCCAGCGAAGGAGGAAGACGUUGACGGUCGGCCUCGGACGCCGAUACCGACCAGCCAGCCGCCGAGCAAGCCCGCGGGACACAAACCGGCUCCUCUGACUCCCACAAAGCUGCAUCCCGCCCAGUUGCCCUCCUCUCCAGUCCACUACCCUGGACCCUCCCUCCUCCACUCUCCCAAGCCUCAGCCUCAGGGCUCCCCCUACCGCAGCCAGAGGGCGCUGUUCUCCGCUCAGCCCCAGGCUCAGACUCAGACCGGCCCAGCUCCUUUCCCCCAGUACAACUCACAGAGUGCGCCACCACCACCUCCCCCUCCUCCACCAGCACCACCGGCCUCAGCGGUGUACUUUCCCAGCCAGAGCCCCUCACCUGUUGGACCUUUCUCCGUGUUCAAACCUGCUGUCGCCACCUCUUACCCACCUGGUUCUCAGCCCCUGAUGCAGACUAUUUCCCACAGCGUGCACUAUCAGAGCUCAGCGGCUCCACCGCCACCGCCCCCUCCACCCCCACACCCGAUGCCCGGCCCCACCCUGCUGCACGUCACUCUACAGCCGCCUCCCAUCCAGCAGCACCAGCUCAUGCUGACCACCGCCCCUCCUCCUCCUCCUCCUCCCCCGCAGGUCCAGACCUGCCAGCAGCAGCCUACUGCUGGCAGCACCCUGCUGUCGCUCACCCCUCCUCCGCCUCCUCCUCCGCCUCCUCCCGCCCCCUCGACCAACGCCCAGAUGCAGCCCCACCACUUUCAGAACUUGGGGGCUUUUCAGCCGGCGUUGCUCCACCCAUGCGUCUCUGCCAACCCUUCAGUGCCCCCAUCGACGUACCCCCAAUCCCUUCAGCAGACCGGACUGCCCCCACCUCCACCUCCCCCUCCCCCUCCCCAACAGACUCAACAAGGUCAGGCCCAGGCCGCCGCCUCCCAGAUGCCUUCUGGGACUCGUGGAGCUCCUACGUCCUCGACCCCCUUCCACAGCUCGGGGUACCUGAGCACAGGGUGGCACUGACCGCCCCCCGCCCUGCUGUCGGGCCCCGGCAGCCCCUGAGAACUCGGCCGGAGAGGGGCGUGUAUCAUAAGCUGUAGAUAUGUUUUCUAUGAACCUGAACACAUGGCCAGUGGAAAAACAGCUGAUUGUGGGAUAAAAGGACAACUUUUUAAGAAAUAAUUCAAAACAAGGACAACAUUUUAGAAAAACGGACAGCGACACAAUCUUCAAGACAAACUGCUAAAAAAUGAAGAUGGACGAUCCCCCUGGUGCUCUUAGCCCGCUCUCUCUGGCCUCCGUUUGUUUUUAUAUAUCCUUCCUGUGAUGGAGGGGAAAGCUCUCUGUUCUGUGUCUUGUUUGGACCCCCGUUGUAAGGCCCCCGCACUUUGUUUAUCAAUGGACAUUCCAGCCUAUACCCUCUCCUUCAUCCUCCUCUUCCUCCUUUUGUCAGUUACUCGUUUUUACUUCCUCAUAUCUCGCUCGCUUUUUCUCUCUCUCUCGUCUGCUCUCCACACCAUUUAUUUGUUAUAAUCUAGUGGCUCACUAUAGCAAAGAGAAAGCUUUUUGUAUAGAGAAAAAAAAUAAACACUUAUUUUUUUUAUUCCUCUGUCUAACAAAUAUCUGUUCACCGCUGCAGAUUCAGAAAAGACUCAUUUCUGGGAGCCUGCCUCACCAUCCUGGGAGGCUGCACUUGUGUGGGUGUGUGUGUGUGUGUGUGUGUGUGCGCAUGCGUUAUAGGGUGUGUGUGCGUGUGUGUGCGGGCGCGUGACUUCUUGUAAUGAGUGCGUGUAGUCUUCUGAGGUAGGCAGAGGCCUCGCCCACAGGUAGGAUGUUAGCGGUUUAUUUUUGAAUAUCAAUGGUUAUUUGUAGAAAGUGUAAUUUAAUGUAUAGGUGGUUACUCCAGCUUUCACCAGGAACAGGUUGUAAAUAUUUGCUUCUUUUCUUUUCUAUGCUUGUACAAUUUGCUCCCAUCCCAUUUUUUUUUUUCAAAUAUGGUUGUAAAUAUGAACGCUCUUCUUGGCGAAGCUGAAUGUUUCUGUGACUGUAGCAUUAUUUUUUUUUAUUAUUUUUUUUUGCCCCCUCUCUCUGGACUUUUGUUUUUUUGUGUGUGUGAGUGUAUGUUUGUGUGGAGGGGAGAGACUCACAGACACUGCACUGGUUGGCUAUUUUCAUGGUUCAUUAUAAUAAAUCACUGUAAUGACAGUUUUAUACAA